GGCUCACGGUGGGUGGAGCAGCAGGCGUUGAUGUCCAUAAAAGCAGCCAUUACGGUGGAUGCUAACUCUGCACUGUCGUCGUGGAAUUCGAGCACCAAUCACUGCACAUGGAGGGGAGUCACGUGCGAUCCGUUGCAACGGCACGUGAGGCUUCUGAACAUCUCUGAUCUCUACUUAAAAGGCACUCUCUCGCCGGCCGUCGGCCGCCUCCGGUUCCUCAACCGCCUCUCUGCAGCUAAUAACGAUCUCUCCGGCCAAAUUCCGCCGGCGAUCGGAGAUAUUCAGAAUCUGAAGUACCUGAAUCUCUCUGUAAAUAAGUUUAAUCACAGCAUCCCCAUGGAGCUCUCCGGCCUCACGAAUCUCCAAGUUCUCGACCUCCACGACAAUGCUCUCGCCGGAAUGUUAGAUGCUCAAUUUUUUCCCGCCAAUUUAACUUAUCUGCACGUCGGCGGGAACCGCUUCGCCGGAAAAAUUCCUCCGGCGAUUGGCUCGCUUCCAUAUCUCGAGUUUUUGUCUCUCUCCGCCAACGUUCUCACCGGAGCUAUUCCGCCGGAGAUCGGGAAAUUGAAGCAACUCAAGGAACUUCACAUUGCAUUCCUCAAUAGCUUCACCGAAGGAGGACUACCAGAGGAAAUCGGGAAUUUAACAAACCUGGUAACACUAAACGCUGCAAGUUGCCAACUCUCCGGCGAGAUUCCGUCGCAGAUCGGAAACCUGGUGAAUCUCCAAACGUUAUGCCUUGCACAAAAUCAACUCUCCGGCGAAUUGCCGCCGGAGAUGGGGAAGUUGCAGAGCCUGAGAAAAUUGGAUCUAGGAUCGAACAACUUCUACGGUGAUCUACCAAGCUCAUUUGCAGGUCUGAAAAAUCUCCACACCUUGCUACUUGACCAGAAUAACUUCAACGGAACUCUACCAGAAAGCAUCGGAGAAUUGCCGAACUUGGAGCAGAUACGUCUAUGGCGAAACUCCUUCGCCGGAAUCAUUCCUCGAAGUUUAGGCACCAAUCGGAAGCUAAAAAUAAUAGAUCUCAGCCUCAACUGGUUCGCCGGAGAUUUACCCCCAAAUUUAUGCGACGGCGAACAAUUACAAUCAUUCAACGUCAUCUACAACAGCCUCUCAGGUCCGAUUCCAGAAUCACUUUCUCGUUGCGAAUCGUUGUAUCAGCUCGGAUUAAGCCACAAUUUCUUCGCCGGCGACAUUCCGCAGGGAUUACUAACCUUACCAAAGCUAACCAUCCUCGAUCUUCAAAACAAUUCUCUCACCGGAUCUCUCCCUGAAACCAACAAAUCCUUACCACUGUUGGAACGCCUCAUCCUCUCCAUGAACAGUUUCACCGGUCCUCUGCCGCGGAGCUUCGCGAAUUUCGCCACUCUCAACAGGCUUUUACUCGCCGGAAACAUGUUCUCCGGCAGGAUUCCAGUUGAAAUCGGAAAUUUCACACAGAUAACAGAGAUGGAUUUCAGCAACAACAACUUCACCGGAAAAAUUCCUUCCGAGAUACGCCUCUGCAACAAACUCUACUACCUCGAUCUCAGCAACAACAACCUCUCCAACGAAAUUCCUCCAGAGAUAACUAACCUGACAUCGCUGAACUACUUGAAUUUGUCGAGGAACCAUUUGAGCGGCAGCAUUCCCCCUCCAUUGGCAGAGAUGCAUAGCUUAACUACAGUCGAUUUCUCAUACAACAAUUUCUCUGGUUCAUUUCCUUUCACAGAUCAAUCUACAUUCUCCGAUAACAGAUCAUUCGCAGGCAAUCCUAAUCUCUGCGGCACAAUCGUAAGGCCUUGCGACAAAGACGACGAAAAUCAGGAGCCAACAAUAUCGACUAUACAGCAACUUAUGAUGAGCAGCGGCCUCAUAGUCUGCUCGAUCUUCAUCGCCAUCGGUUUCAUUUACACACACUACUCGUUGGGCGAGUCGUGGAAGGAUCAAGCGUGGAGGCUAACGGCGUUCCAACAAGUGAACUUCACGUGCGACGACAUCGUCAGAUGUCUUAAGGACGAAAACAUAAUCGGAAAAGGCGGCGCCGGAGUUAUCUACAAGCUCGAGACGCCUACCGGCGAGCAAGUGGCCGUGAAGAAGAUGGCCACGGCGAUGGGCCACGGUUCAUCGUAUGAUUAUGGAUUUAGGGCCGAGAUCGAGACAUUGGGCCAAAUUCGACAUCAACAUAUUGUCAAAUUGUUGGGAUUUUGCUCGAAUCAUAGGACAAACCUUUUGUUGUACGAGUACAUGCCUAACGGAAGCUUAGGCGAAAUGCUUCAUGGCGAUAGCGGAGGCGCUCUAAAUUGGGAUACGAGAUAUAGGAUCGCCGUCGAGGCGGCGAGAGGGUUGUGCUAUCUUCACAACGAUUGCAUGCCGACGAUUAUUCACCGUGACAUGAAGUCGAAUAAUAUCCUCUUGGAUUCGAAGUUUCGAGCAUAUAUAUCUGAUUUCGGGCUUGCGAAGUUCUUGCAACGCUUGGGGGCGCCGGAGUAUAUGUCGGCUAUCGCCGGAUCUUAUGGCUACAUCGCUCCAGAAUAUGCGUAUACGUUGAAGGUGGAUGAAAAGAGCGAUGUGUAUAGUUUUGGAAUCGUGCUAUUAGAGCUAAUCACAGGGAAGAAGCCCGUGGUUGAAGUGGGCGAUAGCAUAGACAUAGUAGAAUGGGUUUGGAUGAAGACGGGUGGGGUAAUAAAAGAAGUGGCGAAGAUCAUCGAUGGGAGGCUUUCUUCGAAUGUGGCUUUACAUGAAGUUGUGCAUAUGUUUAGUGUGGCGAUGUUGUGCGUCGAAGAGCAAGCAAUUUCGCGACCCACUAUGCGUGAAGUCGUGCUCAUGCUAACGGAUCAGUCGAGGCUAUCACGAUUGUUGGAUUUUCUCAAAAUUUAA